AUGGUCAGGCACCUUCGCCCAUCUGAAUUGCGCUGCUUAGCUGAAAAAUGUAUCAUUGCCGUCAAAUCAGAUGUGGAAUGUUUGGGUCUGCGGUGUUCACCAGGUCCAUAUUUACAGACAUUACUUUGGAGCGCCGUUGUCGAACUUGCAACCCGUGACAUUUGUGAAGCUAACUCGUCCGCCUACCGGAGAACAAUGUCUUCAGCUCAGGCCGGCAUGCAACCAUCACCACUAGGUUGA